AAAAAAAUGACAAUUAAUGAAAAUAAAAUAAGUUACGAAAAUAAUAAUUGUAUAAAUAAAGAUAAUUUGGCAAAUAAAGAGGAAAUAAUAAAAGAUAUAAAUAAAAAUGAUAUUAGUAGCAGUAGUAAUAUUAUUAAUAAUAAUAGUGAUCAUAACUCAAAAGAAACAUAUUUCCAUAUAGCCGAUGAAACAGAUGACUCUUCAAAUGAAUGUUCAUCCUCCACAUCUUAUAGCGAUUCAUGUUCCAGUUAUACUAGUGAUGAUUCAUAUUCAAAUUACGACGAUGAAUCUUCUUCCAGCGAUUAUAAUAUAAAUGAAAUGUGUGUCUUUGAAAAUAUAAAAGAAACUUUAAAUAAAAUAAAAAUAUCAGCUAUACAAAAUAACAAUAUAAUUAAUUCAGAAUCUUUAUCUAAAUUAUGUGAAAUAGAUAUUCAACUUAAAGAAAUUUCUUGCGAAGUGAAAGAUUUAAUUUUAUUAUUUAACAAUCACUUAAACAAUAAAUAAAAAGUAAAAUCAUAUAAUUAAUGUAUCAUUUUUUAAAUAUU